AUGUCUUUCAUGUCGUCUGUUCGUACCCGCUACCUAGCAUGGUCACAUUCCACACCACUACCAGAUCUGUCAGACGCAGCCCCGCCUGUUUUUCAGCACUGGCAUAUCUUCGACAAAUCGACCUGCAAAUGGGUGUUUGUUCAACCCAGUCCUCUGAACGCCCAGGGCCGCAGCGAAACCUCCACACCGAUACCACAAACACCUAAUCUACAACUUCUGACAUGGAAUAUCGACGCUUUCGGUGGCCGGCACGAAGCCCGUAUGGAAGGAAUUCUUUCCUCACUUCAGCAAAUGCUUGUAAACGGUAAUUGUCCAGACAUCGUGUUAUUUCAGGAAGUAUCACGAAAAGCCCUCGCCUAUCUACUUCAAAACGCUUGGGCUAGGGAAUUCUGGAUCUCAAGUGAGGCUGAUGAGACAAACUGGGCCGACGUACCCUUCGCUACUAUGACUUUGCUUUCCCGGUCUCGAUUUGGCGGCCUUUCUGGCAACCCUGGCAGUAAUCCCGAAUCCACUUCGCCCCCUACCGCCGCCGUCAGCAAUGGGUUGUUCUUCCUGGGUCCAGUCUGGAGAGUCAAAUAUCCAAGUCGCUUCAACCGGGACGCUCUCUGCUGUGAUAUCUUCUGGAACCGCACAACACGCAUUCGUCUAGUCAAUGUGCAUCUCGACUCCCUUCCCAUUCAGCCAAACCGGCGACCACGUCAGGUAGCUAUCGCUGCUAGUCUCCUUCGGACGGCUAGUGUGGGUCGUGGAGUCAUCGCCGGCGAUUGGAACACGGUUACGGAGGAGGACAUGGCCCUGGCGCAGAAAAACAGCUUGACAGACGCAUGGGAGCAUCUGCAUCCUGGGGAAGACGGUUUUACAUGGGGUUUGGACGGGACAGGGGAACCGUUUCCUCCGGGACGGUUGGAUAGGGUUGCCGUGCUGGGUAUCAGGCUUGUGGACAUCAGAGUUGUUCAUCCCCAGACUUUACCGACAGCGAUUGACUCUAGAGGGGAGAGAAUUGCGAGCGGUAAUGGAGAAAUAGUGCCGUGGAGUGAUCAUUCGGGGCUUGUUUGUAGCUUCGUUAUUGACGGGGCAACAGGAAACGACAGAAAUGAUUGA